AUGGGCAAGCCAAAAACACUUGAUUUGUUCUUUAAGAAAAAAGAUGAGAGUCACUCAAAAGUCAAUACUGACACACCUCUAGCAAUAGAAAUUGAAGCUUUAGUGACCAAUGAGCGUCCCUCCAAAUGUCCAAGAAUUCAACCUGAAGAAAUGGAUGCUACUAUUUUUCAACGUGAUCCAGGAUUACGUCGGCAAAUAUGGGAAUUUCCCAUAAACUUACAAGAUAAAAUGCGACGUGCUUAUAUUAACGCCGGUCCAUGUCAACCCAUACUUUUGGAAUAUCCAGUUUCAGGAGAGGGUAAUAAUCGUCGCCGAUUUCAAACUUCUUGGUUCAACACAUACUCAACUUGGUUGGAGUACUCGAAGUCAAAGGAUGCCAUAUUUUGUCUUCAAUGCUAUGUUUUUGCUAAGAAAUCAACAGGCCGUCCAGGAUCAGAUGCAUUUGUUGUGAAAGGUUUUAACAAUUGGAAAAAGGCGAGCGACACAAUGAAUAGUUCUUUAAUGGGACACGUGGGAAAAGAUCCAAAUUCACCACAUAAAAAUGCUGUGAAAUGUUGUGAGGAUCUAAUGAAUCAAUCACGGCAUAUUGACAAGUUAGUUGAAAAACAAACAUCACAAGAAACAGAGAAUAAUCGGUUGCGGCUCAAAACCUCGAAUGCUCCAAAGAAUGCGAAGUAUACAUCACCCAAAAUUCAAAAGGAAAUUCUGCAUAUCAUUGCAAAUAAAGUGCGGGAUGUGAUUCGAAAAGAAAUUGGGGAUGCCAAAUUUUGCAUUCUCGUUGAUGAAGCUCGGGAUGAGUCAAAAAGGGAGCAAAUGGCCAUUAUUCUGAGGUUUGUUGAUAAAGAUGGCUUUAUAAAAGAGCGAUUCUUUCAUGUCGUGCAUGUUAAUGAUACUACUGCAUCAACUUUAAAAAAGAAUAUAUGUGUUGUUCUUUCUCGUUACAACCUUCAAAUUGAGAAUAUUCGAGGUCAGGGAUAUGAUGGAGCUUUAGUUGCAGCAUCUAGAGAAGCCAAGCAUAUUCAUCAGUUCUUUAUUCAGUUGGGUUCUAUUAUCAAUAUUGUUGGUGAUUCUUCUAAACGUCAUGAUGAAUUACAAUCUGCUCAAGCUGCUGAAAUUGAAAGUUUGAUUGUUUCUAAUAAAAUUGAAACUGGAAAGGGUGCAAAUCAAAUUGGUACUUUGCAACGACCUGGAGAUACUCGAUGGUCAUCUCAUUAUCAAUCUAUUUAUAGUUUGAUAAGAAUGCUUGGUGCAACUUGCUCAGUUAUCAACAAUAUCUCCAAGGAGGGAGCUAAUUAUUCUCAACGUGGUGAUGCUGAAGCGGCUUACAUGGUAUUAACAUCAUUUGAAUUUGUUUUCAUAUUGCAUUUGAUGAAUGAUAUUAUGGGACUCACUAAUAUGUUGUGUCAAACUUUGCAACAAAAAUCUAUAGACAUUUUAAAUGCCAUGAGUCAAGUUUCAACGACACAAUUACUCAUUCAACAGAGGAGAGAAGAUGGGUGGGAGCCUUUGCUUGCUACUGUUAAAUCAUUUUGUGAAGAAAAUGAAAUUGAUAUUCCUGAUAUGAAUGCUCAUUACAGUAGAGCUCGAGGUCGAUCUCGUCGUCAAGAUGAAGGGUCUUUGACAACAGUUGAGCAUCAUUUUAGAGUUGAUAUAUUUACUGCUGCAAUAGACUUUCAAUUACAAGAAUUGAAAAAUACAUUUGGUGAGCAGGCUGUAGAACUCCUCACUCUUAGCGUUGCUUUAAGCCCGAAAGAUGCAUACAAAUCAUUUAAAAUUGAUGAUAUAUGCAAAUUAGCUGAGAAGUUUUAUCCUAAAGAUUUCAACAAGCAAGAAAGAUUCUGUUUGAAAUUUCAAUUGGAGCAUUAUAAGCUUGAUGUGCCAAAGCAUUCAGAUUUUCAAAAUAUGUCUACAUUAUCUGAGUUAUGUAGAGGAUUGGCAGAUUCGGGAAAGCCAAAGAUCUAUCCUUUGAUUGACAGGUUGAUUCGCCUAGUGUUGACUCUCCCUGUUUCAACUGCAACUGCAGAACGAGCUUUUUCUGUCAUGAAACUUAUAAAAACUAGAUUACGUAGUAGAAUGGAAGAUGAGUUUCUUGCAGACCAUAUGGUAGCAAUGGACAUGUCUGAUAAGGAACCAAAAGCUAAACCAACUGAACCAGAGUUAGUGCCGGAGCCGAAACUGGAACCGCCAGAGGCUACCGAUGCAGAUCUGAAACCUAAAGAACCGAAACAGAGCUCGAUCCGAUCCAAUGAAGCCGCUGGUUGCAAGACGAUCAAUUUGAUCAUUGGGUCUUGCAAAAUUUCCCUCUCUCUUCUGCACGCUAUACCCGAACUUUUUGUUGCUGUGCUAUUUCCAAAAGCCGUCGAUGGCUUUGAGGUUUGCUUCCAGGAUGAACUAGACCUUAGAGAAGAAGACAUAGCCUCGAUUUUGAGUGGGCUUGCUAGCGAGGACGAUGAGGAGGCGGCGGGUUUCCUCCCCUCUGCACGCCAUGAACAGAAGCUGCAUCGUGGUUGA